AUGGCCAUAGAAGGUGAGGGAGGGAUGGAUCGAGGCAAGGGUGCCAUCGGCGCAUCAUCCACCAGUGGCGCUGCUGGUAGGAGCACGGCAACAGACGACGCUGUUGAGGUGGUCACUCAAGGAGAUAGGAGACGGGUGAAAUUAACAGGAACCAUUGAGAACCCUUGGAGCCAUGGUGAGCCUCUUGGGAAUGGCUUUAGCUACAAUUAUUGCCCUGCUCGCAUUAAGGGUGGAGGUGUGAGCCGUCUCAAGGAGCAUUUGGGUGGAUUGUCUGGUAAUGUGGCGGCCUGCAAAAAUGUGCCACUUAAUGUUAAGGCAUUAAUGACGGAUGAAGUGGCAAUCCGGAGAGUAAGGAGGAAACGAAACAAGGACCUUCGUCUCUAUGUUGAAAAGGAGGUUAUGCAAGCAAACAGAGAUUUUGGGACUUUUGGCAGGACAAGAAUUCCUCCUGAUGAAGCUGGGCAGAUUGAGAUGGCGGUGAGAGAGUCAUUGAGGGAACAUGCCAACACUUUGCCUUUUGGUAAGACUACUGGAAGUAGGUCUGCUAGUUGUUCAGCUAAUCAACAAAGUACACUUGACAGGUUCUAUCGAAGUCAAAGUGUUUCACAAGCUCCCUUUGACAUAGAUUUGGCACACAGCAGGGCACAAGCACAGCCUCGAGUGGACAUUAUGCUCAUGGGGGAUGGCAAAGAGAAGCUUGGGAAAGCUUUGGCCAAGUGGUUUCAUGCCAAUGAUAUUCCGGGACGGAAAGCAGACUGUCCAUACUUUCAAUCAGCUAUUAAAUUAGCCUAACAACUUGGAGAAGGAGUGCACAUUCCUAAUGGAAGAGAAAUAGAUGGCCCAUUUCUGGAUAUGAACUAUGAAGACAUGGAGGCUCACAUGGCUGAAUUCAAGGAUGAAUGGGAUGACUAUGGAGUUACCAUCAUGUGUGAUUCAUGG